AUGAGCGCUGACGCGGUGAAACCAACAUCGGACAACUCCUCCCAGAUGAGGCAGGUGAGGGUAUUGGAGAAUCGUUUGGACAAGACACUUGUGAAAUUCAACGAGGCGCAGUCUAUCAAGAGGACGUAUGAGCAGAUCCUGAGAAGGCUCGAGGAAGAGCGGGUUAAUUUUGAUAAUCAGUUGCAUGCAGUGGAACGCACGUUGAAAUCGAAGGAGAACGACUAUGAAGAGUUACUGUUGCUGUCGCAUGAUGCAUAUCACGCUAAGGAGAUGGCGCAGGCGGAGCUGCAUAGGUUUGAACAAGGAGUGAUGGAGGAGAGAAACCAGCGGGAUAAGGAAGUUCAUGAGAAGAAGGCGUUGGUUCAGCAGCGUGUUGAGAUGAAUCAUCGAUUGGAACAGCGAGAGCGUCUUCUUAAGCAACAGCAAGAAUUGGAAAAAUCGGGAGAGUUGGCGCUGAAGACGACUAAAGCGGUUGCCGAUAUGGCGGCGGGAAUGACCCAUAGAGUGGCUGAGGAGGAGAGGAAGAGGAUGGACGAUUAUGAGGAGGCGUUUAGGAGGAUAAAGGAGGCGACUGGCGUUAGCGAUGUGAAUGAAGUUAUCCAGAAAUUCCUCAAUCAGGAGGGCACUCAAAGUAGUUUAUUGAGCCUCGCAAAUGAGUACCAGGAGAAAAUAAACUGUCUUAUUAACGAGUACACUACGUUGAAGGCUAGGGUGGAUGAUAUGAAGUACUCGGCGAGUGGUACUACGGCUGGUGGAAGGGAGAUGGCGGAGGAGUUGGAGAAGCGACUGGCUGAGUCUAUAGUAGAAGCGGAGCGAAACAAGACUAAGUAUGAGCGGUUGUCGAAGAUGAUGGUAGCUGUGAACGCAGGAGUAUUUCAUCUGGCGGGGAAGUUGGAGGCAGUGGAUUUGGGAGAAGAGGCGCUCGUGGAAGCAACAGAGGGCGGCGGCGGUGCGGUAGAGAGAGUCCUAUCACAGGUGGAGUUGAAAUUGUCUAAAUUGGCGAACCUCAUUCACUGGAGCUCUGGGGCGAGUAAGAAGAUAGUAUCAGCGUCAGAAGCGGCGUAUUUUGAGGAGAGGGUAUUGGACAAAAUAGCUGAUGUCCGGUCGGGGCUGUUGAGAGUUCGAAUUGCUGAUGGAGACCAGGAGGAAGAGGAGGAAGAGUACGACGAUGAUGAUAAGGGACCAUUGGCCUCUGGAGGGGUGGAGGAGGAUGUAUGGAAUAGGAAGCAUGUGAAAUACAACAGUCAGCAGAUUGUUGACAAGCAGUUGAGGAAGGAGCGCAAGAGGGCUGCGGCUGCUGCUAAUGGUGGUGGGAGUAAGAAGGCAUGA